AUGAGACGGAAGUUCGAUGAUACUGGACAAUAUUCAAAAUGGUUAAUAGCACUUUUGAUAUAUUUACUUUUCGGUGUAGUAGAUUCAAUUAUUCUUACUGGAGCUCCAGAUUCUUAUUCACGAUAUCCGAAAUGGGCUCAUUCCUUCGAAAAUUCGUUAUCGAUGGAAUUGAAGACACGGCAAUCCGAUGGAAUGUUACUCUACACAGACGACGGAGGAACUCAUGGAAACUUUUAUUCACUGACAAUCGUCGAAGGCCACAUUCAAUUAGAUUUCAGGUUAGGUGACAAUUCCAAUGAAUUUGGCCAAAGAAGACCAGUAAACACGAUUCGGAUAGAAGAAGUCAGAAUAGAUGAUGACAAAUGGCAUACUCUAACGAUAUUUCAAUCAUGGGAGAAUGUAAAAUUGGAGUUGGACUACACUUUGGUUUUCAAGAUCUUGAACCAAAGAAGUUUUGUCUUCGGGAAUAUUCUGAAAAACUCUGAUGUCUUUAUUGGAGGACUACCACCAAAUAUGCACAUGCUUCCCGUGAUGAGCUCUCCACUCCGUCGAUAUACUCGUCAUUUGGCAGUCAACGUGCGCAAUCUGAUGUAUCGCCAAUAUCCACAAGCACUUCUUGUUUUAAGACUUGUCCAAGUUGAACGAGAUAAUGAAAUCGUUGAAGAGUGUCACAUCUCCACAGCUUCUGGAAUCCGUGGGCACACGCACCAACGAAGACGACCAUUGCAAGUCGAAAUCUGUUUGUUCUUGGCUUUUCUGAAUUUAUGUCGUCACGCGAGCAAUUCGUGUGUCUCAACGACGGUGAAUGCUAUUCAGCCAACGAUGGACCACAUUGCGAUUGCCAGUUUUCUGAUCAUGACGGAAGAAAUUGUGAAAUUGAAGGUCGGAGAUUGUGGGAAACUCCUAUUUUUGGUUUCAGAGAAAAACGACGGAGAACUAACUUUUGGAGGAGAUGAGUGGGUUGGAUACGAUGUUUCCAUGAACAUAUCAGCAGCAGUGAGGGCGAAAAAGGAGAAUUUAACAUUGACAUUCAAAACAGUACAUGGAACAUCUAUGCUUUUUUAUGCUGGGGAUGAGAAGAGUUAUCUACAUCUGAUGCUACAGGAUGGUGCGAUUAUUGCAUCUUCAAAGUUUGAUGGUUCAGAUGCUCGAAUCAUCCGAAUGUUCAACUCAUUUCCAUCUCAACGAUACGAUGAUGACUCCUGGCAUACGAUAGUGCUAGAGAGGUCCCUUCAAAUGAUGACUCUGAUAGUCGAUGGAAGAAGAGACGAAAUUCGACAAUAUGCUCCAGAACUAGAUUGGAUAUCCAACUCAUUUGCCUAUCUUGGAUCGAUCCCAAAGCAUAAUCCAUCAAAAGAAGUGAAUAGAGUUUCGUUUCGUGGAUGCAUGAGGAAAGUCAGAUAUGAUGUAGAUGCUACACGAGUUUUAUUCGUGAAUCUGGCAGACCAGAGUUACGGAGGAACAUUUCACUUCCGAACAACAUCUCCAGAUGGAUUGAUUCUCUAUCACGGUGUCAUGCAGCAUAAUGCGACAGAUUAUGUUGCUUUUGAACUGAUAGAUAGUCAUUUGUUCCUCAUAAUCAAUUUGGGAUCAGGAGUGGUUCGAUUACAAACAACUGCAAUGAAAGUCAGUGAUGGAGAAUGGCAUCAUGUACAAUUGGAUAGACUAUCAAGAACAGGAAGUGUCAUUGUGGAUGCUAUUAAAAUCGACUUUAAUACACCUGGAGUUUCUGCUAAUCUCAUUAUUGAUGAUCCUAUCUUUAUCGGAAAUGUUCCGAAUAACUCAAUUGCGUAUCCUCCAUCUGUUUGGUCCAUCACACUCCAGAAAGGUUAUACAGGAUGCAUCAAAAACAUUAGACUCAAUGGAGUUUCUGCAAAGAUUGCUCAGCAGUUUGAAUCAACAAACACCACUGGAAUUGAGCUUGGUUGUUCUCUUUCUAAUGAGUUGGAUAUCUGUGAACCGAAUCCCUGUCAAAAUUUUGGACGAUGUAGUCGGAACUUAAAUUCAUUCGAAUGCGAUUGCUCCAAUACAAAUUUCGAGGGAAAACGGUGCGAGAUAGAGCAAACUGCGGUAGAAGUAGACGGAGAUGAAUCCAAAGUGCACGUGCUUGCUCAUACAAAAGUAUCACAAGUGGAGCAUAUUCAAAUCAGGUUUCGGAUUAAAAAUUUUUUUCAGACAUCUUCUACAAGAGGAGUUUUGUUCGAUACCGGAGCAAACGGGAAAAAUGACAAGAUAACCGUUUUUUUGAAUGAUAGUCUUCUCAAUUUGUUUCUUCAAGAUUCUUUAACAAACAAUGUAAGUUUAGAAUGUUUUCAAAUCAAGUAUGUUAACUUAUUUCAGACAUUUUCCUGGGGAAAAUCUCUAUCAGACAAUCACUGGCAUGAGCUGCAAGUACGACGUCUCGGCCAGAAACUUCUUCUCUAUCUUGAUGGAUUUUGGAGUCAUAGCAUAUACCUCCAAAAUCCAAUCUCCGUUGAAAUUGAUGAAAUUGGUGCUGCCUAUUCAGUUCAUCCAUCCUCUCCGCCACCGAGAGAUGAGCAUUUUAAAGGAUUCCUCUCAAAACUGAUAUUCAAUGGUAACGAUUAUCUUGCUAAAACAAAACGCGACAGUGCUCUACUGAGCAAAUCCACUAGUCGAGAGAGUAAAGGACAGAGGAAUGUCAAAACACGAAUCGCUUCGAUAUCUUUCACAAACUCCACGGGUUAUGUAGCAUUCUCUAGUGACAAAAUAUCAUCUCUAGCUGGUUCUUUCCGGGUUCAAUUCAAAUUUCAAACGCUCAUGCGAUCUGCUCUUAUAUUCUUCACUUUGCCAAAACAUGACUAUGAUCAGUCAUUUCGACUUCAGAUUAUAAACGGACGGUUUGUGAAUAUUAUACUAGUAGAGUGCAAAUGUGAAGUUUCCAGGUUAAAAUACACAUACCGGAUAUCUGGCCAAGAAUUUCAUACAACCUCUCCAAAGCUUCCUUAUCGACAACAUCUGAGUGAUAUGAGAUGGCAUAGUGUCCUUAUUUAUCAAGAUGAGAAAACCAAUGAUCAUGUUCUUCUGGUGGAUAAUUCAACGACUACACUGAUAAUUGAUAAAAUGAAGAAAGUAGAGUCCAGAAUGUCAGGUAAACUGUACUUCGGAAGUAAUCCACUUGGAGUCUCCCGUCCUUCCAACGGAUAUCGUGGAUGUAUUUCAACUCUUCGAAUCAAUGAAAAGGCUCUGGAUCUUUAUGAAGAUGCUGAUAGUCGAAUGAAUGUAAAUCGAGGAUGCAGUGGUCCAAUUGCUCGAUGUGUAGAGGAUGCAUGCGCGAAUCACGGGCGGUGCAUUCAAUUAUGGAGUUCCAUUCGCUGUGAUUGUAGCCUAACAGCACAUUCUGGAGAUCGAUGUCAGAAUCCAUCAACAACAGUUCGAUUCGAUGGAAGUCCAUCUGCAAUCUUCUACGAAUACGCUCCAAAUGAACGUCCGACGACCAGCAAAGACUAUUUUGUUUUUUCGUUUCGAACCACCCAACCAAACGGAGUUCUUAUUGCCAUCGAAUGUGCCGCGGACCAGGACUAUUUCACAAUUUUUCUUAACAAAGGAUACCUGAAUGCUCAUUACAACUUGGGUAGUCGAGAUCACACUGUCAGCUAUCAUACUCGUGUUCUGAAUGACGGAUUUCCACAUGUCAUCAAAAUAUCGAGAAACGAAUCAAGCCUAACGAUACAAGUGGAUAAACUGCCCGCAUUGAGAUAUAGACCAAAAAAAGCCAGUGACCUAGUUUUACUGAAUAUGCAAACCAGAAUAUCAAUUGGAGCAUCAUUCAACACAAGACAUUUGGAGCAGAGGAGGAGAAUGCUACGUCAUCGUCGCAACACGGAGAUCUUCGAUUCAUACCAGGGUGAAGUGUCGGGAGUCAACGUCAAUGGUUUGAUGGUUUUGGAUCUUUAUGAGAAUGGUUCCAACCGCAUCCAUACAAUCGGAGCACCUCAAACAACCGCAGUAUCGGAGGCAGUGAGCAACAGUUCUGAAGAAGACGACGAGUUAGCUGAAAUGAUGAUGGCGCACUCUAUUGAAGAGAAUCCGAACGAAGCAUUGAUCGAGUCAUUAGCUCCCAGCUGCUUGAGUCUUGAAGAGCAACAAACUUGUUUUAUUGACACCGACGAUUCAACAGGUACUAUGAAUGAUGUGUCCGGAGAGACCAAUGGUAGUGUUUUGGUGUUGAAAAGGGAUAUUCCCGGGGAUCCUUUUGAAGAUGUUUCAAGUACCGAUAACUCUUCUUUUUUUGCAGGAUUCUUCUCCCCAGUUCUUCCAGCUGUUGCGGAUAUCCCAAGUACUCGACCAAGUGAAAAUAUCGAUAACGAAGUAACCGCUCUCAUCACAAGCAGUAUAGCUCCUCAGAAAACUCGUCCAAAAUCGACUCCUCACUUCACAGUAUAUCCAGUUAGACCAACGACACCUAUGGGAGAUACCAUUACUACUACAAUGCAGGCCGCCACCGUCACUGAUUUCCCACGGACUCCACUCAUCAUGGGAUCCAGUUUGGCUGUGAUUAUCGCCAUCGCUGCCGUUGUGUUCUUUGUUUUCAAAUGCAGACAGAAUCCACCAGCUUCCGAACACUACACUAUGGCCAUGAAAUCUCAAUCUGGAUACACAGCCAUCGCUCCUGAACUCUCACCUCCCAUGAACCAUGACCGAAACAAUGACUCUUGCACUCAACCAUUACUUGCUAAACCUCACAUCAACGGAAAUGGUUACGAGCCGCUGAAAGGAGCAGUAAUAGCCAACGGAAACGGCGCAACGGCCACAAUGAUGCGUAACGGAAACGGGAAUGGAGUGGCGAAGAAAAAGGAUUUCAAGGAGUGGUAUGUAUGA